AUGACUCCUACGCAUAUGCCGUUCCCGCUCUCUGUUCGCACUCAACAUGAUACGGAUACUCGCGCGCCGCCUCUUCUAGUAGUGCCCGGACUGACUCCUCCGGUGACUCCUACUGUAGAUGACGAGAGCCUUUCAGGCAGCGUUGCCACCCUCCAUUCUGGGGCUUCCAGUCCAUUCUUGUCGCCUAUCGAGGGAAAACUCAAGGAUGUCGAUGCGGAAGAUCGCACCGUGUCCACCUCUGACUCAUUCACAGAUGAGUUGGAAUACCAUACGGACCCUAGAGGCCAGCCUGUUGAAUUUGGCCGCGGUCUUUGGAGUGUUGUCUACAAAGCUACUCCAUGCGAGUCCUCCAAGCCCUACCUGCUUACGCCCCCCAGCUCUCCAGCUGUCAAAGCCCGCACGGUAGCGGUCAAGUCCCCCGCAAGGCGCGAUGCGCACUCCAUAUUGGAUGCCGAAAGCGCUCGCCUUGACCCGGGGUUAGUCGUGUCGCUGGGGGGAUAUAUCGCGGACUCUCACUCCAUCGUCAUGUCAGCAGUGCCGUUGGCGCUUUCAACGUAUAUCGAAGAACAAGCCGCUGUGGCUUUGCAGAACAAGACCACCAGAACUAUGUUCGAGCCCAUUCAGGGCAUGACCCAGUGGCAUGACCUCGCAAAGAAACUGAUCACCGGACUGUGUUGGCUCCAUGACGGGCCACAGAUGGUGCACGGUGAUGUCAAGCCUCACAACAUCUUGCUCCGUGCACGCUCAAGUGGCGACGAUUUGGAAUCCGACCACUUCCCUUACGAACCGUUAUUCGCCGAUUUCUCCUCCGCUCACCCUAUCAGCAAUCCUUCCUCCCCCGAAAGUAGUCUGGGCACGGCUCUGACGGCUCUAACACCACCAUUUACAGCCCCGGAGCUUCUACGCGUCUCAUCAUUAAAGUCCCCGGAUGUGGCACCAACCCCAGAGUCUGACGUCUUCUCUCUAGCCGUUACUCUGCUCGCUGCUGCUACGGGCGAUUUGCUCCUCUACCCGGGUGCCAACCACUUCCAACGACUGGCCAUGGCCCGUGAAGGCCACCGCGUGAUUGAGUUUGCUCGCUCCGGGCCGAAUGGAUCUCGCAUACCGCGCAACGGGAUCGUCGAACAAAUCAUCAAACCGGCCAUUGUCAAAGAACCGAGCCAGCGCAUCAAACCCGCUGACUGGGUUAACCUGAUCGAGUCUAUUUCGAUCUAA